AUGUUUUAAUUCAAAAAGAUAGCCAAAUUACCAUUAAUUUUAAUUCAAUGUGAAUGUGGAAGAGAGUUUCUAUAAGAGGAAAUGUACUGUUGUCUAUCAUGCUAAAACAGUAUGUGUAGAUAUUGUACAUCAAAUGAAAUAUUUUGUUAUUAUUGUAGAAAUUGUGGAGAUGUUCAAAUUACAAGUGAGACAUCCAAUCUGACUGUUAAUUGUAGUUCUUGUUUUGAGAGUCCUGUUUGCAAAAAUGUAUUGCGUAGACAAAUCGACACUGAGAAGAAUUAUGCAUUCACUUGUUCAUAUUGUUUUUACACAACCAGAUCAAUUGGAGUCGCAGAUCCUAAUUUUCAAUAAGUUUAUACUAAAAUUAAUAAUGCUUAUAAACAGGAAUACGAAGCUGAGUAUAAGGACUUUUAAGAAUAAUAAAAUCGAAUUAAAUGUAUUGAAAAUAGUAAUUUUCUUACAAAAAUACAAUAAAAAAAAUAAACAUGUCCUAAAAUCAUUGACAUAAUCAUGGGCAAAAAGCGAAGUCUUGACUCACUUAAAUGGUUAAAGAAAAAAACUUAAAAGCUGUUUUAUAAAGUUGAAUUGCAAGAUUACAAUCCUAUAUCCUAAAAUGCAACAUUAUUACCAAUACCUUUAGGGUUAUUGAGCAGAAAAAACAGAAAAUGCAGAAAGUGUUCGAAGUUGAUUUUGACUCUAUAACCAGAAAAAAACUCCAAGAAAUUUGCUUAUAGCGUUUAGAAUUUGCAUUAUGACCAUGCUCCUUAUUUAUAAAUAGGUAAGGUAUCAUAUGUGAAUAAGGAAAAAACAGAAUUAUAAGUAGUCAUACAAAUGUUCAAUAAAAGCAAAAAUGCAUUAGAAUACUCGCUUUAACCUCUUGAUUCAUAAACAUUGGAAUAAUAUAAAUUGUUAAUUGUGAAGAAUCUGCCCUCGCCCACUUUCACAUUCAAUAAUGAGAAUAUUGAAAGCGAUGUUUAAUAAUAUUAAAAGUUCGAAGCCAUUUUACUUAUUAAAGAUGCCACAAAAAUACAGUUUGCAUUUUCUGUGACAGCUAAAAUAAAAAUGCCUUUGGAUUUAUAAUAAUUGAAUUAUAAUGUUAAUGUAUAUAUUGGAACAUUAUGA